UUAAUUGUUCAGGCGGCAAGUAAUGGGCCAUCCUUGACUCUUACAAACUGAAUUUGCUGCAAAUAUGCGAGGAGACUAUAUAGGGUAUAAAAUGUAUAACUUAAUGAGCUUGUAUUAAAGGGCAAGGCCAGGGUAUAUGCAAUAUUUCUUGGGCGGUAAGACAGAGACAGUGCUGUUUCCAUUGGGCGAGUCGAUAAAAAGCCCUAUUUUGACGAUCGACGAAUUCAGUUUGGUAGUGGUGUGCAUGCGAAUCGGACGGGAUGGAAGGCGCUCUUGUGAUUUUCGCGCUGAUGUUGCUUGGCAAUUUCAUCGGACGCUCCCGCGGCGCAGUGCCAAGUGCCGUGAGAGUGAAUUUCACCAGGCCGGGUGACUUCGUGCUCGGCGGUCUUUUCCCUCUGCACCGAGACAUCACCUGCCGCGGUGGCCGCAGCUACCAUCUCCUGGAGCGUGUCGAGACGAUGGCCUUUGCGGUGGAAGAGAUCAACGGCAGAGACGACUUGCUGGGGAACGUCACCCUGGGCUUCGACAUUCGGGAGACUUGCUACCGAGAUGAUCCGGCGAUGUGGGCGGCCUUGUCUCUUCUUGGCGGUUACUCGAACAAACAGGGGGAGUUGAAGCUGUCGACCGGCAGCGAGCCUCCUACUGGACGGCUGAUCGGGGUUGUUGGAACCAGCAGAAGCAGCACGAGCGUCGUUGCCUCCAAAGCCACCAACAUCUACGACGUGCCGAUGAUUUCCGGCUUUGCGACGAGCGAUGAACUGAGCGACAAGGACCACUUCCCCAAUUUCCUCCGUACCUCCCCGCCGGACAAGCAGCAGGCGAGGGCUAUCAUAGACGUCCUCCUGCAUUUCGAUUGGCGCUACGUCGGGAUGAUCUACUCCCUGGAUACCUACGGAAUCCACGGUACCCAAGAGCUGCUGACCCUUGCAGAGCAGCAGGGUAUUUGCGUGGCGUUCUCCGUCUCUGUCCGGAAAGCCGCCACUGUCUCAGAGAUCAAGGAGUCUGUUCGGAAAAUCGAGGAGUUCGACAAGGCCAGAGUGGUGGUCAUGUUCGGUGGAAAUGGUGGGUACGAGGGUAUGUACUUUAUUCUGCAAGAGUUCUACAGGGCCAACCCAGGCAGGAAUCUGGUCCUCAUCGGAAGCGAUUCAUUUGAGAACUUUGAAAAGUACGGUCUGCAUGAAAUGAGCCAGGGGAGCUUGUUCUUCGCUCUGAACAUCUUCGGCAUUCCAGGUUUUGAGGGAUACUUCCACGGCCUGUCCAGUACAAAUAACAGCAAUCCCUGGUACCAAGAAUACCUCGAUGCCUGGAUGGAUGAAACUGGGUGUGCUGGUCCGCAGCAGUGCCCCAUUCCUGUCUCUAAUCGUUCAAGUUCUGUGUACCAUGCCGUGUACGCCUUUGCUUUCGCUUUGGACAGCAUGCUCCAAAGUCGCUGCGACUCCGAUGCGAGCGCCGUUUGCCUGACCUCUGAAGGGUUUGACCGGCGGGAAUUUUUGGCACAUCUUCUCAAUGUAACUUUUCGAGGUGUGGACGGCGGUCGAUUCCAUUUCGAUGAGAAAGGAGAUCCGGAUGGGACAUACACGGUUAGUAGCUUCCGUGGCAGAAGUUAUUACAAGGUAGGCCAGUGGGACUCGCGAAGCUUAAAUGGACACCUGUCGAUCGAUGUCGACGACAUUCUUUGGCCGGAUGGGAUGGGUAAGCCGCCGGGCUCCCUCUGUAUCGAAGAGUGUAAACUUGGUCAGAUCGUGGUUCCGCUGGAGAAGAAAUGCUGCUGGGGUUGUAAGGAGUGUCCGAUCAACGCUGUCGUGGACGGUUCGUCGUGUCGUCCUUGCGACGAAGAGUUCUGGCCCAACGAGGAUCGCUCGCAGUGCCGAAUGAUCACGCCGUCCAAGGUGGAUAUCACGGACGCGGCUAUGGUGAUGGUCAUAAUCCUCUGCGUCCUCGGUCUUGGCUUGUCUCUACUCAGUCUUGUUGGCCUGCUGCACUACAGGAACCACCCUCUCAUCAAAGCCACGAGCCGGGAGCUCAGCACCCUUACUCUGCUCGGCACGCUCCUUGCGUGGAUGUCAGUGGCGGUGUAUCUGGCUCAACCCAUGGCCGCGUCCUGUGCCGCGGGAGAGGCCAUGAUCUCGCUGUGCUUCACGCUGACCUACGGUCCGACGCUGCUGAAGGUGAACCGGAUCUUCCGGAUCUUUCAGUCAAGCAAGAAGUCCACCAAACGGCCCGCACUAGUUCGACCCAAGGAUCAGCUCAUAUUGGCCACGGUGCUAAUAGCCCUUCAGGUUGUAGUCGUCAUUGUCUCCAUAUCAGUCAGCCCAUCCAGGCCCAAGUACCUGAUUCCCCGACCUCCCCGGGAUUACAUCGAGGUCUACUGUGACUUCGGCAGCGGCUUCAUCGCCUCGUGCGUGUACAACCUGCUACUGAUCCUGGUCUGCUGCUACUACGCCUUCAAGACCCGUAAGGUACCCAGCAACUACAACGAGUCCAAGUUCAUCGCAGUCAGCGUCUACUCCACGCUGGUGCUGUGCCUGGCCGCCGUGCCUGUCUACACUACGGCCGUGGCUGUGCUGCAGAAGGUGGCUACUCUCUGCAUGGCGCUGCUGCUCAACGCCAUCUUGACGGUGGUCUGCGUGUACCUCCCCAAGCUGUACGCCGUCAAGUUCCUGAAGGACGUCCGCGUGAUGGAUUGGAGCAGCUCUGCGGGCUCCACAGCGGAAUCCACGACUGCGGCCGCUAGUAGUAUGAGCCGACCGGGGCCAUCGGUUCGUCAUGGUGGGACAACCAUCAAAGUUGGGCCAGCGGAAACCUAA